AUGAGUUCUAAUGGUAGUGCAUUGAAAGGAUCAGGUAAAUAUAUUAAUAAUAAAUCUAAUAGCCCCUGAUUUAGCAAAAUAAUUAUUGGCCUAAAAAUUAGCAUAAUAAAUAGUAAAUCAGAUAGUCUCAGAUGAUGUUAUAGAUGAUAAAAUUGAAGAAGAAGAAAAUCAAAAUAAAGAGCCUACUUGUUGUCAAAUGUUUUGUGCUCCAUUUACAUUGAAAUAUUAUUAACCAUUCUUUAAUGAUUUGACAACAAAAGUAAUAGCAUAAAAACUAUGGGCAUCCUUUUUCCCAUUUAAAGCAACUUUCUUUGAGAUUUAAGAUGGUAAAGCAGAUUUAUAUGGACCUAUUUGGAUUUAUGCUACUUUAGUAUUUGCAGUAGCUGCUGCAGGUAACAUUUCAGGUUAUUUGGCAACUCCAAGUAAUAUUGCAUUCCAUUAUAAUUUUGAUUUUAUACCAACUGCAUCAUCUUUAUUAUUUGGAAUAGCAUUUCUAGUACCAUUUGCAAUAUAUAUGGUUAUGAAAAUGCUUGGAGGCAGACAUCUUCAUUUAACAUCAGUAAUAUGUAUAUAUGCUUAUGCUUAAACAUGCAUAAUACCUGUGUGUAUAGUAUGUUCUAUACCGAAUCCUUAAUUACAAUGGGGAGCAUUGAUAUAUGCAAUGAUUAAUUCAUCUUUAUUUUUGAUUGUGAAUUAUUGGGGGUAUGUAUAUAUAUAUAUAAAUAACUGUUAGAGAAUUGGAAAAGAAUAUAUAGGCUAAGAAACAUAUUGUUAUUUGGUUGAUUGCUGGAUGUUAAGUGGUGUUGUUAUUAUUAUUCAAGAUGUAUUUCUUCUUGUAUGUAUAUACAAAUCCUUAUACUGGAUCAAGAUUUGAUUAACUCACAAAGAUUGUAAAUGAAUAUAAGUAAUUUAGGAUCAUAACGAGCACUUCUUUUUGCAUCAUAAUAAACAUUGA